CAGGGAGAAGAUGUUACCUGCUGAGAGAGUGAGCAGGCCACAUUGAGAACUAAACAGAGACCCAUGGAAGGUGGUGGAGGCACUUCUAGGAAUAAAGAUUUUUCAUCCAUGGAAAGCAAAUGCUGAGUUUGCCUCUUGCUCAAUACAUUGAAUGCUAUGAAAAAUGCAUCUAUUUAUUUGUUCCUGGCUCGGACUGAAUUCCUGCGGAAGAAAGCACGUCUGUCAGCUUCAGGAAGGGAUGCUAGCAACACAGACCUUGUCCCUUUAGAUUCAGAAGAGCCUUCACGCCAUCUGAACCUCUUUCAAGAGUUGCAAGAGAGUGGCAACAAAGAAUAUGAGGAAGAGAAGAGGCAAGAGAAGGAGCGGCAGGAAAAAGCUGUGGGGAUCCUCACUUACUUGGGCCAGAGUGCAGCAGAAGCUCAGAACUGUCGCCCCUGGUACCAGCAAAUGCCAGAACGUGGUAAAGCUGUUGCCAAGGAUGAGAAGCUGAAAGAUAAACUGGAUCCAUUGGCCGAGAUGGAAAAGCACCUGCGGAAGAAGAAAGGGUCCCACAAGGAGAAGGUAGAGGGGAAGCAUAAGGAGAAAGGCAGCACAGCAGUCAGGGCCAUGCCUUCACCGUCUUCAUCCGCUCUAGAGCAGCUGCGCCAGGAGCGUUUGCAGCGUGAGCACGCAGAACGAGCCCGUGCCGAGUCUCUUUUGGCUCAGAGAGCUGGGACUCUCCAAUCCAGGCAGGAAGAAGAGGAAGUUGAUGAACGAAAACGUAGUUACAACUCCCAGUUCAACCCCCAGCUAGCAAGGAAGAGGGUCUGGGACCCCCAGUGAGGUGGUGAAAAAACUGCAACAACUCAUUUUGGGAUGGGAGAGAAAGAGACAUGAGUGUGCUUUAUCCCUUCUUGCACCUUGGCGAGAGUGGAAUGAAGUCAGCUUUUUCUUACGCUGAAACUGGGCCGCAGUCCAGCACAACAUGUGGCAUUAUUACAUUAUCUACUGAAAGCAGAACAGUGCUGAAGGUUUGCUUUGGGUGGACUUUAAUACUACACACUCACCUUAUUAACUCUAGUCAAGGGAAUACGUCAGGGAUAAUCUGCCUUGGGCUGGAUAAACCAAGUUUUUUGUUGUAAAAAUGAAUGCCAGGUGUUCAUGUAUUACAGGUUGGUGUUGAUAGCUUAUGAAUUCUGGCUCUGUACUUCGCUCCAAGGGCCCACUUACCUCCAUUCUCAAAGAAGUUAAAGAAGAAAGAUACCUCAUGAGUUUUCACUGAGCAGCAUACAGGUGUCGAUUUGAUUAUGCAAAUAACAGACUUGCUUUGUUUCCAUGUUGUCCUCCAGAAGCCUCAAGAGAACAGCAAGAGUAGCUUUUUGCCAUGAAAUAUGGAAUAGCUGAAACAAGGGGCUGUUUAUACCUGCUCUGGCCUGCAAGCUUGGUGUUAAACCAGUUAAUACUGUAUGUUAAAGGUCCAAACAAGAUAUGUGUGUGAGAUGCGGAGAGGUGUGAUAGUUGGAAUACCAUGAGAAAGGUUGUUAGAAGACUGCAGUUGGGAAGAAUGUGGUUAUUGAGAAGAAUUUCCAUGUGGUUAUGUCUGCUGAAGUCACUUGACACAAUCAUCUGUUACUAGCAAGUUGGGAGCAGGUCAAGAGCAGCUUCCUUCCUUUGCCAAACGUGCUGCUGUGCAGGAUUGGAUUUUCUCCAUCUUCAGCAUGACUUUCCAAAACACAAUUAGAAUGAAAAUGUUUUUAAACUACCUGCAAGCAGUGGAAUAGGAUAUAUUCAAAGCUGCAACUAUGAAGUCAUAGAUUUCAGGAGGUGUUACUAUUGUAUCUGCAUAGGCAGCAUUAUGCAAGGCAAAACAUGUGAUAUGAAAAGUAACAAAGACUCACAAAAUAUGGAGAUAAUCGCCUGAAGUCAUAGAAAUGAAAUAUAGCCUGUGUGUUAAUGCAUAUUAACAGACCAACUAAAGCAAAUAAAAACCCUUUAUAGCUCUUCCAUUA